AUGUGUCACAGGUCUAAACAACAGGGAUUUAAUUACUGUACAUCAGCCAUUUCUUCUCCAUUGACAAAAUCCAUCUCAUUAAUGACUAUUAGUCAUCCUGGAUUGGACAAUUCACGGCCCUUCCACAGUACCAGUGCUAACCUGACUGAGAGUAUAACAGAAGAAAACUAUAACUUCCUGCCACCGAGCCUCAAAAAGGAUUUUGAAGGGAAGAGUGGGACAAAAGUUAGUCGCACCUUCAGCUACAUCAGGAAUAAAAUGUCCAGCAGCAAGAAGAGCAAAGAAAAGGAAAGGGAAAAAGAUAAAAUUAAGGAGAAAGAGAAAGACUCUAAAGAGAAGGAGAAAGAUAAGAAGACUGUUAACGGGCAUGCUUUCAGUCCCAUUCCUGUUGUGGGUCCCAUCAGCUGCAGCCAGUGCAUGAAGCCUUUCACCAACAAAGAUGCCUACACUUGUGCAAGUUGUAGUGCUUUUGUCCACAAAGGCUGCAGAGAAAAUCUAGCCUCCUGUGCAAAGGUCAAAAUGAAGCAGCCAAAAGGGAGCCUCCAGGCACAUGAUACAUCAUCGCUGCCUACAGUCAUCAUGAGAAACAAGUCUUCACAACCCAAGGAGCGCCCUAGGUCUGCAGUUCUCUUGGCCGAUGAGGCCACUGCUGUACCAGUGUUUACUAACAGACGGUCCCAGCAGAGUGUCUCCCUCUCUAAAAGUGUUUCCAUACAGAACAUCACUGGAGUUGGCAAUGAUGAGAACAUGUCAAACACCUGGAAAUUUCUGUCUCAUUCAACAGACUCACUGAAUAAAAUCUGCAAGGUCAAUGAAUCAACAGAAUCACUUACUGAUGAGGGAGUAGGUACAGACAUGAAUGAAGGACAGCUGAUGGGAGACUUUGAAAGUGACUCUAAACAGCUAGAAGCAGAGUCCUGGAGCCGAACAGUAGACAGCAAGUUCCUUAAACAGCAGAAGAAAGAUGUGGUCAAGCGGCAGGAAGUGAUUUAUGAGUUGAUGCAGACAGAGUUACAUCACAUCCGCACACUCAAGAUCAUGAGUGACGUGUACAGCCGAGGGAUGAUGACAGACCUGCUAUUUGAGCAGCAGAUGGUAGAAAAGCUGUUCCCUUGUUUGGAUGAACUGAUCAGUAUCCAUAGCCAGUUCUUUCAGAGAAUCCUAGAGCGGAAGAAGGAGUCUCUGGUGGAUAAAAGUGAAAAGAACUUUCUUGUCAAGAGGAUAGGGGAUGUGCUUGUCAAUCAGUUUUCAGGUGAGAAUGCAGAGCGCUUGAAGAAGACAUAUGGCAAGUUCUGUGGACAUCACAACCAGUCUGUCAACUACUUCAAAGACCUCUAUACAAAGGAUAAGCGUUUCCAAGCCUUUGUGAAGAAGAAGAUGAGCAGUUCAGUGGUAAGAAGACUCGGAAUCCCUGAGUGCAUAUUACUUGUAACUCAGAGGAUCACCAAGUACCCAGUUUUAUUCCAGAGGAUACUGCAAUGUACCAAAGACAAUGAAGUGGAGCAAGAAGACCUAGCUCAGUCCCUGAGCCUGGUGAAGGAUGUGAUUGGAGCCGUGGACAGCAAAGUGGCAAGUUAUGAGAAGAAAGUGCGUCUCGGGGAGAUUUACACCAAGACCGAUAGCAAGUCGAUCAUGAGGAUGAAAAGUGGGCAGAUGUUUGCCAAGGAGGAUCUGAAGCGGAAGAAGCUGGUGCGGGAUGGGAGUGUGUUUCUGAAGAGUGCAACAGGAAGGUUGAAAGAGGUUCAAGCAGUUCUCCUCACUGACAUUCUAGUUUUCCUUCAAGAAAAAGACCAGAAAUAUGUAUUUGCAUCCUUGGACCAUAAGUCAACUGUGAUCUCCUUAAAGAAGCUGAUUGUAAGAGAAGUGGCACAUGAAGAAAAAGGUCUGUUCCUCAUCAGUAUGGGGGUGAAGGAUCCAGAGAUGGUGGAGGUCCAUGCCAGCUCCAGAGAGGAGCGGAAUAGCUGGAUUCAUAUCAUACAGGAUACAAUCAACUCCCUGAACAGAGAUGAAGAUGAAGGGAUUCCUAGUGAGAAUGAAGAAGAAAAGAAAUUGUUGGAUAUGAAAGCCCGGGAGUUAAAAGAACAACUUCAACAGAAGGACCAGCAGAUCCUCCUCUUGCUGGAAGAGAAGGAGAUGAUUUUCCGGGACAUGACUGAGUGCAGCACUCCCUUGCCAGAGGAUGGCUCGCCAACCCACAGCCCAAGAGUCCUCUUCCGAUCCAACACAGAGGAGGCUCUCAAAGGAGGACCAUUGAUGAAAAGUGCAAUAAGUGAAGUGGAAAUCCUCCAGGGUUUGGUGAGUGGAACCCUUGGUGGCACACUUGGACAGCCCAUCAGCAGCCCUGUUGAGCAGGAAGUCAUGGCUGGUCCCAUUUCCUUGCCCCGGAGAGCAGAGACCUUUGGAGGAUUUGACUGUCAUCAGAUGAAUGCUUCCAAAGGAGGUGAGAAAGAAGAGGGUGAUGACGGCCAAGAUCUUAGGAGAACAGAAUCGGAUAGUGGUCUGAAAAAGGGUGGAAAUGCUAACCUGGUAUUUAUGCUUAAAAGAAACAGUGAGGUUGUCCAGAGCAUCGUUCACCUCCACGAACUCCUUAGCAUGCUGCAGGGUGUCGUGCUACAACAAGAUAGCUACAUUGAGGACCAGAAGCUGGUGCUGACCGAGAAGGUACUCACAAGGAGUGCGUCCCGCCCCAGCUCUCUGAUUGAGCAGGAGAAGCAGCGGAGCCUGGAGAAGCAGCGCCAGGACCUGGCCAACCUUCAGAAGCAGCAGGCACAGCACCUGGAGGAAAAGCGCAGGCGUGAGCGAGAGUGGGAGGCCCGGGACCAGGAGCUAAGAGAGCGAGAGGCCAAGCUGGCCGAGAGGGAGGAGGCAGUCCGCCGUAGACAGCAGGACUUGGAGAGGGACCGUGAAGAGCUCCAGCAGAAGAAGGGCACUUACCAGUGUGAUUUGGAGAGACUACGGGCUGCCCAGAAGCAGCUGGAAAGAGAACAGGAGCAACUGAAGCGGGACACAGAGCGGCUCAGCCAGAGGCAGAUGGACCAGGACUUCUGCCAGGUCUCGAAUAAACACGGCAGGCUGAUGCGAGUCCCGUCCUUCCUGCCCAAUCCGGAUGAGUUCUCCUUGCCUUCUGCACCUUCCAUAACCAAAUCGGGGUCAUUGGACUCAGAACUUUCAGUAUCUCCUAAAAGGAACAGCAUCUCUCGGACACACAAAGAUAAGGGGCCUUUUCAUAUACUGAGUUCAACGGGCCAGACGAAAGUUCCAGAGGGGCAGAGCCAGGCCCCGCCCAGCACCUCCACUUCCACCCGCCUUUUUGGGUUAGCUAAGCCAAAGGAAAAGAAGGAGAAGAAAAGGAAGGGCAAAGGAAGCCGCUCUCAGCCUGGUGAUGGUCCUGCUUCGGAAGUAACAACAGAGGGUGAAGAGAUCUUCUGUUGACCGUCUCCUCUGCCAGGCAGCCACCGUCCUACCCUGACCUGAUGGCAGUACUGCUGCGGCACUCCGGCGGCCCCUCGUGCACAAGUCUCCUACACUGGACGCCCGCUACCCCUCAGCGUCCAGUCGUCCUGAGCUACCCCAGGUGCUGGACAAGAAAGCGCGACACCUGCAUGUCGGGGUGGGAAAGGACACCUGAGCCGUGAUCUGUGACUGCCUAGGAUUUGGGUGGGCCUGGCCUUACUCAGGGUAUUACACCGAAAGUAGUGACCCCAGAAGUAGGUGAUAGCUUAAGACACGUCAGGAUUCCAUCAAGGCUCAAAGAGGUUUUCCAAAUGCAACCAGAAUCAAAGAGCAGAUAGUGUAGCCUUCGUCUGUGUACACAGCCUUCCUUCCAAUCAGGAUAGCUUGGGCCAAGGGCAAGCCCAUGCCUGGCUGGUGGUGUGCAGGUAUACAGUGUUUCACCCUGUGGUCCUGAGAGUGGGUCCCUUGAGACGGCCCCUGUACACACACCACCCCCUUCAUAUGUCUUCCUCAUUUUAUUGUAGGAAGAACAACAGUGUGUGAAGUCA